AUGACAAAAUCUCGUCUUUGGAAAAGCUACCAAGGUGCGUGCGCUGCUAACGGACACGAAUCUAUUGGCUACUCAAAGUUCUGUGAUUGUGGAGCCAACUUUGCCUUUUCAUUGUUAUAAUAAGACCAGCGUCCGAUCUCUGCUGGACAUCCCAGAAGAACAAGAACCAAACUCUAAAAUCAGCGAAUUUACCGGAUGUUCAAAAGGCAGAAGUUGUAAGGCAGCAAGAAAACCAUUUGAGGCUCGCUUUAGGGGAGAGGGACUUCUACAAAAACUGGUGCAAAACAACGAAAGAUACCCCCACCGAACACUUAAGAAACGUUGAGUUUUCCGAGAAAAGAGCACCCUGUAGUCUUGAAGGAACUUAACAGUCCACUACUCGUAUAAUUAUGCCCAACAGCUUCACGUGACCCUGCCAACCCUUUUCAGGCCGAGCUAGUGUAUUUCAAGACACCACUGUAA